AUGACGUUAAAGAAGAAACCUGUUGGUGUUGAUAGAAUCAUCGAAAAAGAAGAAGAUAUGAUCAGCCAGUUACCAGAUUGUUUGCUUUGUGAGAUACUUCUCAAUCUUCCCACGAAGGAUAUGAUCAAGGCUAGCCUGUUAUGUCGCAGAUGGAGAGAUCUUUGGCAAUCUGUUCUUGGAUUGGAUUUGGAGUUUAAUAGCUCCACAGAUUUUGAUAAAUACGGUUUCUUCAACAGAUUUAUAGAUGUGAAGAGGGACGUGUGCUUACAAAGAAUUAAGCUACGAUAUCAUAUUCUUAACACUAGAUACAAGGACAAUACUUAUAACGAGACAACAAUAGACACUGCUAUUAAGCAGAAAAUUCAACAUUUAGAUGUUGGUUAUGUUGACCCAAAAAGAAGAAAAGAUGUUCGUUUAACGUUAAUUAAGAUACCUCCAACCAUUUAUACAUCGUGUGAGAGGUUGGUCUCUUUGAAACUCUAUCGUGCAACCUUGCCUACACCUCCGCAGUCAGUUUCUUUGCCUUGUCUCAAGUUCAUGGAUCUCAAACAAAUCUGGUUUGUUGACAGUUUGUUAAUGGAUAUGCUGAUCUCUGUCUGUCCAGCUUUAGAAACCCUAACUGUGGAUUUAUUGUAUGGAGUCAAAGUCUCAUCUCCGUCUCUUUUGAACCGUCACUAUAUUGAAAGAAUCAUUAUGAAUGAUUUGAUCUCCAUUGUUAAGUUGUAUUUUGUUGGUUUGAUUACUUCCGUUGAAAACUAUCUUCAUUUGCUUACAGUGAUCUCUCGUGUAAGAGAGAUAACCAUCUCUUCUGACAUUCUCACGGUCCAUCGUAAGUUCUCCAAAUCGGAAUCAUUACCCCAGUUUCAUAAACUUUCUUUCUUGAGCGUCAAGGCUAUCAAUAACUUUGGAUUCUGGGAACAUUUGCUAGUCUUUCUUGAGAAGUGUCCAAAUCUAAAAUCCCUUGUCAUGGACUUUAAAAGUUAUCAUUAUGGAUUAAAUUUUUUCGAUGUGCCUCAGUGUGUCUUAUCAUCGCUUGAGUUUGUUGAGGUAAGAGCAAAGGACAUGGCAGAUAUGAAGAAAAUAGGGAGUUAUUUUAUGGCUAAUUCAACAGCACUCAAGAAAUUCACACUCCGUUUAGAUCAGAUAGAAGAAGAACAUUAUGUGAUCCUCAACGAGCUCUUUGCAUUGCCAAGACAAUCUAUGGAGUGUGAAGUUGUUGUUCGCUGUAGAGCUUUUGGAACAUGCAAGCCCUUUUCUUUGUUUACUUGUGCUAACGGUUUCUCCUGA